AUGGCAUUGAGUAUCGCCAGUCCCGUCCUCAGCACUGUACCUAUGGCCAGCCACCCGGACGAGCGCAAAGACCGAGAAUUCUCCAGCGUACCUCGACUGCUGCACCAUAGCCAUGUUACGACAGACUUUGACCCAUUGAGGUUUGACGCUGCUGCAUCCUUGCAACUGCAAUUCCAGUUCGAGAGCAAAUAUUCAGAGACAGAAACAGACACGCGACUCAUCGCAUCGCCGUACAACGACAUCCCGCAUCUUCUGGACCUUGCGGCACUUGAAACCCAAGACCGGCUUUUUGCUCUGGCAUUGACAUAUCUGAAACCUACCUGUGAUGAUUAUGCCACGGCUGCAUACACUGAAUCAUUUAACUGGACCGAAGUCUUUGAUCUGUUGAAGGCAUUCUCACAAGCAGAGGAUCACACAUGGACAUCGCAGUCUUAUUACGUCGUGAUUUUCCGGUCAAGACUGCUGCCUGACAUCGACUCGGACCGUCUCUAUGAACUUGAUGCACAUUCACACCAGGAGGCUAUCGCAAGUGGAGGGUUACUGAAGUAUUGGUUUGGGGCGAAGAAUGACAAGAAUCAGAAUCUGGCAACUUGCAUUUGGCGGAGUCGUAACGAUGCUCGACUCGGUGGUCGUGGACCUUGGCAUGCCCAAGCAAGAGCAGCGGCUACGGUGAUGUAUGAGCAGAUUUCAUUCACUACACUGAGGUUGGGAAUUGCGGAUGGUGUCGAUUCCUGGAAGCUGAGUGGUUGGAAAGAAAACACUGCAUAA